AUGGUUUUAAACUUCUUUUUAAAACUUUUGUUAAUUGGUGACUCUGGAGUUGGAAAAUCCUGUCUUCUCUUGAAAUUCGCUGAUGAUACAUACACUGAAAGCUACAUCUCUACAUUUAUCUGUGCAAUCAAACUACAAGGCAAGGUCAUCAAACUACAAAUCUGGGAUAUUGCAGGUCAAGAACAAUCUAUGAAAUGA